CUGAGUGUCACGGCGAUGCAGCCCAGCCGUCCCUCCAACGCCGGCCGCGGGCGUGGUGACGCCGAGGCCUCGGCUCGGCCGCCCCGCUACAUCUUGAAGCAGCUUCUCGGGUCGGGCACCUUUGGCAAGUGUUACGUUGCCACGGACACAUCAACGAACGAGCUGGUGGCCAUCAAGAAGAGACCCAAGUGAGCGAAUGCUAUGCGUGACGGCGAGACACACGCCAUCACAUGUCUUUGUGCACUGGCACAGGUGGGGCGGUGGUGUGAGCCGCGAGCAGGUGAUGCUUGAGCUUGUCAAGGGGCUGCCCCACUGUGUGCAGAUGAAGGGAGUGGUCUACACGCACUCACCGCGGCAGAUACUCACGCAGCACAUCGUCAUGCAAUACGUGCCCCGUGCGUACUGACACGCACAUGAUGGAGGCAGGAGACAGACACAUACCCUUCUGUCUCUUUAUCUUCUUUGUAUGUGGAUUGUUCAGCGACGUUGGGGCAGCUGAUCCGUCGGCACCGUGCCGAGAGGAGGCCUCUGCCGGCUGACCUCACCCGCUCCAUCGCAAGACAGCUCGUCGCCGCACUGCACGCCCUACACCAACAGAACAUCGCACACGUCAGUUCAGUGGGGGACAGACACAUCGAUACAUACACGACAGACAUGUGGAUCCAUAUACCGUCGGUGUCGGUCAGCGUGACAUGAAGCCCGAGAACAUUCUGUUUGACCCCAAGACCCGCGACAUCUUCAUCUGUGACCUCGGUCAGUCACCCAAAACGCACACACACAGCGAGAGAGACACAAUCGAGUGCGUCUGUCUAUCUGUAUUGUGUGCUGCACGAACAGGCUGUGCCAAGUCUCUGUCGGACUCGCCACACCACAUGCCGUACAUCUGCUCGCGGCCAUACAGAGCGGUCAGCAGACAACGACUUACUUGCCGCCAACCAUCGCCACCAACGUCUCACAUCUAUCUAUCUGUGUGUCUGCGUGUGUCAGCCCGAGCUCUUGUUUGGGUCGAUGAGCUACAACGAGUCUGUCGACGUGUGGUCAACGGGCUGUAUCCUCGCAGAGAUGCUCGUAUGUCUACACACACACACAAGUCCGCACCGCCCCUCUACAUGUCUCUGUGUGUUUGUGUGUGUGUCGUCCCAUCAGUUGCUGUCACCGCUGUUCGUCGGCCGGAAGCCGCCCCAACCCCAACACGACAACAAGGACAACAAGGACAACCAGGACACCAAGGAGAGAGACGACGGCCGCCACAAACUCAAACGGAACAGAAUGGAGGGACCCCAAGGUGAGAUCAAUCGACCAGCCACACAUCCAUGACUCACACACACACACAUCAGUCAGCCACUGUGUGCAUGGAUGUCACAGCUGGUGACGACGAGCCGUACCAGAUCCUGCGCAUCUGCCAAGUGCUGGGCACGCCGACAAGAGCUGAGACGGAGGAGCUGACGGCCUCGGCGGGCGAACUCAUCAAAUCCCUCGAGCUGCCCGCGGUGUUUGCGUCUGAGCGGCUGGCGGCCACCGACCUGCGACGCGUGCUGGCACCGCUCGUGCCGCCGGGGUACGUGUGUGCACAUCCAUAUAAUAUGUGUGUGCUCUCUGUGUCACCAUCAUCGUCAUCGAGGGCGUGUGUGUUCAGUGAGGAGGGGCUGCUCGAUCUCAUCCACCGAUGCGUCAAGUGAGUGACCAUGCCAUCAUAAGCCAGCAUGUCUCUGUCUGUCUGUCUGUUCACGUUUCCAUGCAGGUGGUCUCCGUCUGCCCGGCUGACCGCCGCAGAAAUGACCCAACACUCAUACGUCAACGGAGGCUGAGAUGACUGCAGUGCAAUGCAUGGAUGGACGCACAAGUGAGUGGAG